AUGGCAUCUCACAGUUUAAGUCUAGAUCAAGAAUAUGAGAUCCAAAAGGAUGAAUUAGAGGCAAUAAAAUGCAUUUAUAUGGACGACUUUGUCAACAAGACUGUCCCUAAGUCCUCCUGGGAUAAACGACCGAUGAUCCAAUUCGAAAUCUCGCUGAGAUCGACAAGCCAAGAGCCAGCUGAAUCUGCAUUGACUUUGGACAUUAGUAUACCGGCCAACUAUCCUCAACAACAACCGAUUAUCAAAUUCAAAAACGUUCGAAAUGUUCUUGGUAGCUAUUUGAAUGCUUUACAAGAGGAAUUCAAGCAAAUACACAUCCGCUCAAAAGGGAGGGAGAUAAUCAUUUUUGAGAUCACCUCCUUAGCCCAAGAGAAACUUGACGAAGCUCAAGCUUCAGCAAACACGCAAUCAUUAGAAGACGAGCGACUUCAGAGAAUUGAGGGUGAAAAGAUGCGUCUGGAACAAGAGGAAAAUAAGCGCAAAGCUGACGUGGAGGUGAAUAGACUAAAAGAGCAGAAGCUAAUUGACGAGAUUGUCCGCAAAGAGAUUGAAAAACGGAACGAUGAUGAUAUCUUUUUCAAGCACGAGAAUGUCGUUGAUUUAGAUCCGCCAAAUGAGUGGGUUAUCUCAGGCCAAGCAUUCGUUUUCCCAAAAGCAGUACGAGCUAAACUUCCCAACAAUUCUUUUUACAAAUUCAAGGCCGUUGUAAACCCCAAAGAGAUCAAUUUACAUUCAGAUUUGCUAGGUUUUGCAAAGCAAAGGCUCGUCAAGCCUUAUAUCCCACCAGAUUCCCCGUUGGCCAGUACCCUGACAUCUUCAGAUAUGAUGGACAACUUUUUCUACUUGCUGACCGAAGUUACUCUAGACAACGCGUACUUUAACACCAGUAGUGGAAAAAGAGAGAUUUCUAACCUCGAAAAAGAACUAGAAACACUCCUGAAGGUCAAUCAUGACAAUAUUAGUACUCUUUUAGCAUUUUCUGUCGAGCGCACUGGAAAAAAUAAUAGUACUUACUCCUGGAAAGUGAGAAUUCUCAAUGAAUAUUCCCCGAUAUCACUAGUUGGAGACGUUGUCGAAUCUGUAGGCUUUGUGAAUCUGGCCACAGCUCGUGGAUGGAUACUGAGAUUAAUCGAGGGUCUCGAGUGUUUGCAUAAGCAUGGCGUUGUUCACAAACAUAUAGAUCUCCACACUAUUAAUCUGGCUAAAGAUCUAGACUUUGGUACUACGGUUCCAAAACUGCUCCACUCUGGGUAUGGCUUCACUAUUGUGAAUCUUUUGUACAAUCAUCCAAACAAGACUGGGCUCAAAAUUCAACCUUUGCAUCUGAAUUGGACCGCUCCUGAACUUGUAAAAUUUGGUAAUGGUAAGCCUCAAAGGAAAACUGACAUAUGGCAGCUUGGCGUUUCAUUCAUCCAGAUUAUCAACGGGAUCGAGACGACUUCCAAUUUUUCUUCCCCCAACGAAUUUUUAGAAAGUACAGAGAUGAAUGACAGCCUUUCCGACUUUCUAGAAAAACUGUUGGAACCUGAUCACAAGAAAAGAUCAGGUCCACUUGAAUUAAUGCCUAUGAAAUUCCUUAGAACAAACUUAGAUCCAACCAUCAACAAGCUCGGCGCAUUAGAUUCCAAUCAUAGCACUAAUGGUGCUUUAGCUCUCCGAAGAAACUCAAGAUCUAGCAGCUCUCUUAUCCAAUCAGGACAGCAAACCCGAAGGCGAAGCUUUAACAUCAGAUCGAGAUUUUUAUCCACCAAUCCAGCAGCCAAUUCAAGGUAUGCCACCGACUUUGAAGAAGUAGCAGUUUUAGGAAAAGGUGCUUUCGGUCAGGUAGUUAAGGCUCGGAAUGCUCUCGAUAGCCGCUAUUAUGCUAUCAAAAAGAUUAGACACACAGAAGAGAAGCUCUCUUCAAUUCUCAGCGAGGUGAUGCUUCUUGCCAGUCUCAAUCACCAAUAUGUCGUUAGGUACUAUGCUGCCUGGCUUGAGGAGGAGUUUUUCGAAGAGGAGGCGCUGUCCAGUGAUGAUGAAUCAGAUGGUAAUUCGUACAGUCUAGAACUCACCGAAACAGAUGUUACCACCAGCAGGUCUGCCAUCAACCCUAGUAGUAACUGGGAUUUUAUAUCAAACUCAUUACAGGCGUCCAACUAUCCAGAGAUUGUUUUUGAAAAUAGCUCUGAUGAGGAAGAAGACGACGGCAGUGGAGAGGAACACAGCGAUGCAUUAUCUGAGAGAUUGACCUCUGAUCAAUCAGAUUUACAGGAUGAAAUAUGCUCAUCAAAAAUGAAUGGGGCGAGGACUAUGGUACAAACCGAGCAAGAGGGCCAAUACGCCGAAGCAGAUGAGAAAAGCUCGAUAGUGGCGCGAAAUAUAGAGUCAAGGCCUAAGCUUCGAAGUACUCUGUUCAUUCAGAUGGAAUAUUGUGAAAAUAGAACGCUCUACGAUUUAAUUCACACUGAAAAUUUGAGUUCCCAAAAAGAAGAAUACUGGAGAUUGUUUAGAGAAAUUCUGGACGCAUUAGGUUACAUCCAUUCUUUGGGAAUUAUUCACAGAGAUCUUAAGCCAAUGAAUAUUUUCAUUGAUGAAUCAAGGAACAUCAAGAUUGGAGAUUUUGGCUUGGCCAAGAAUGUGCACAAAUCUGCGGACAUUUUGCGAGCAGAUUCUCAAAUAAGCGUCGGAAGUAACGAUGACCUCACAUCAGCAAUCGGAACCGCCUUGUACGUGGCAACCGAGGUAUUGACUGGAAAAGGGAAUUACAACGAAAAGAUUGACAUGUAUUCCUUAGGUAUUAUUUUCUUCGAGAUGAUUUAUCCCUUUAGCACAGGUAUGGAGAGAGUCAACGAGCUCAAAAAGCUAAGGUCCACUGCUGUUACCUUCCCGGAAGAUUUUGACGAUUAUAAAUUGGCGGUUGAAAAGAAAAUAAUUCGGCAACUGCUUGAUCACGAUCCUAAUAAGAGGCCCAAUGCUCAAGCUUUAUUGCGUAGCGGACUGCUGCCAGUCAAACAUCAAGAUGAUGUUAUAAAGGAGGCCCUGCGUCAUCUGGCGGAUCCGGCUUCUCCUUGGCAACAGCAGGUUCGAGAAACUUUAUUUACGCAACCUUACAGUAUCACUAAUGACAUUCUGUUUGAGAACAGCAAAUCCAAUUUAACACCAUUCAACCAACUACUGAAAUCUCAAAUGAUGGAAGAGAUUGUUAAGGUUUUCAAAAUGCACGGGGCAGUAGAAAAUACAGAGACGUCCGUAAUUUUCCCCAAGGCACCAAUUUAUUCUACCCAAAAUGUAUAUGAGGUCUUGGAUAAAGGUGGCCUGGUGCUGCAACUCCAGUAUGACCUAACCUAUCCCAUGGCCAGGUACGUUGCAAAGGGACCAAAUUGCGUCAGCAAACAGUAUCGUGUGCAGCAUGUCUAUCGGCCUCCACAGCAGCUGCACUCCAGCACCGAACCUCGCAGGUUCAUCGAGGUUGAUUUCGAUAUUGUCUCACCAUCUGCAUUAGAAACUUAUUUUUACGAUGCGGAAUGCAUGAAAGUGGUUGACGAAAUCAUAACGAAGUUACCUAUCUUUGGUAAAACUAACACAAUUUUCACCAUCAAUCACGCUGACAUUCUCGAGAGUGUCUUCAACUUUUGCGCAAUUGACAAAGCUCAGCGAGCUUUGGUCUCACACAUGUUGUCUCAAGUGGGAUUUGCCAAAUCAUUCAAGGAUGUGAAAAAUGAAUUAAAGUCAAUCCUUAACAUUUCUUCAACAUCACUUAAUGAUUUAGAACUAUUUGAUUUUCGCUUGGACUUUGAAAGCGCGAAAAAACGGCUCCAUAAGGUCAUGGUAGACAGCCCUCAUUUACCAAAAGUCGAAGAGUCAUUACAUCAUCUCUCGAAGGUAUUGAGUUUUUUCAAGUCACUUAAAGUUACAAGAAAUAUUGUUCUGUGUCCAAUAAGCAAUUAUAAUUGGUCCUACUAUAAGGGAAACAUAAUGUUUCAAGCCAUUUACGACGAUGAGAAAACGAGAAGUUUAAUCGCUGCUGGCGGACGAUACGACAACUUAGUGUCUCUAAUUGCACGCCCAUCUGGUGGAAAAUUGAAAAACGUUCAACGUGCAGUUGGGUUUAACCUUGCUUGGGAAACCAUUUUGGUUGUAGCUCAAAACUAUUUCAAAUUAGCAGCUGGCAAAAAGACGAAAAAAAGAAGUGUUUUUCUCAAGGACACGGCUUUAGAAUGGAAGCCAACUCGAUGUGAAGUACUCGUGUCAAGUUUUUCCAAUGUCAUUCUAGAUACGAUCGGUGUGGAGAUUUUGAAUAAAUUAUGGAAAGCUGGGGUAAGUGCUGAUUUUGUAAGAAGCUGCUACAAUGUAGACGACGUCGUCUCAACUGCUCAACAGGAUGGAGUCAACUGGAUAAUAUUGAUCAAGCAGCAGAGGUAUUCAGUUGCAAGUAGUAGGCGCAAAUACAAACCACUAAGGGUAAAGAAACUAGGCAGCGAACUUGAUGUGGAUCUUGACUUUGACGAAUUUCUGGCCGUGUAUCAACAAGAGACGGGUCAAAAGUCGAAUUCGAAUGAUCCCCUACAAUUUCCUGACGGGGGCUCCACUAUUGUAGAGGAAAAGCGCUGGGAUGAAUUUGGCAGUAAUGAGGAAAGUGUAGACGGCAGCAGCAAUGCUUCUCUGGGGGGACAAAAUGCUCAGAAAGUGGUCUACAUUCCAAAUAUGGCCACUCGCGCAAAGAAGUCCAGCAAGAAAGAUAAGUGGGUACAUGAAGAUUCUGCAAGGAAUGCCUCAAGGGCGAUCAUGUCCGGUUUGGCUGCCGCUCCAAUAAUUGCCGUGGAUGCUAUUCGCGAUGAAACACUAGAGACAAUUGCCGUGACUUCCUUAGCACAAAAAGAUGAAUGGCUUCGUAAAAUUUUUUGGGCCGGACAGAACUCUGCCCCCCGCAGCUUUGCCACAAGUAUUUACAAUAAUCUUUCGAAAGAGGCUUCUAAAGGUGGAAAAUGGGCAAUAAUUCAUUGCAACAAAACGGGAAAAUCUUGUAUCGUGGAUUUACAACGAUGA